AUUUGCUCCCCAGACCCCCAAAACCACCAGCAAAUGGUUUAGUUUGAUGGUUUCUCCAAAACUUCAGCUCCUUCCCAAUGAUUCGACUUUCAUCACUCCCUCCCCAUAUAAAAAGAGGCCCCUAGCUCGAUUAUCCACAUCAAGCACAAAUCCUUCUCGGAUCAGUUUUUUUUUCCUGCUACACAGAGUUUGCAUUUCCUUUUUCUCUAAUUUCGAGAUCAAAGAACAGUCUUGUGAAGAGUAAGUAGAAUAUGAGUUCAACAAGCAGAGCUAUUGUAGCAGCCAGCGUAGGAGUUGUGGAGGCCAUGAAAGACCAGAUGGGUAUCUGCAGGUGGAAUUAUAUUAUAGGAUCCGCUCAGCAAAACACGAAGACUCAUCUCCGCUCGUUAUCUCAGACUAAGAACCUCUCCUCUUCAACUUCCGCUGUGGUUUCAAGCAAAGCAAGAGAUCAGAAAAUGAAGAAGUCGGAAGAGUCUUUGAGGACAGUCAUGUACUUAAGCUGUUGGGGUCCCAAUUGAGUGGUCUGAUCCGGUGAUCUGAAGAAAGUCACGAGGCAGUGAGUUCGCCGAGAAAGCCGUUGCGUGAAGAAGUCCUAAAAGAAUACAUACGGUACAUGUACUUUGUACAUGGCAAUGGC